UCAAGUCUCGGAUAGAGUGGGAUUUUGCGGGAGGAAAGGAUCUUGGAAGAAGGCAACAGUGAAUCCUGUGAUACAUUUCCUGUUUAUUUUUUUUUUCUGUUUUCACUUCUCCCCACACCCACCGACCUGGCGUGCUUCAAAAAGGACAUCUAUCGCCCAUAAAGGCUGCAGUAAAGAAGCUCACCAUGAAUGCAGAGGUGGACUCGGUAGGUGUUGUCAAAGAAGGAUAUUUGUGGAAAAGAGGGGAACAUAUAAAGAACUGGAGGAAGCGUUACUUUAUACUGAGGCGAGAUGGCUCAUUUGAAGGCUUCCGUUCGAAGCCAGUAUUGAAUGACUUACAAGACCCACUGAAUAAAUUUUCAGUUAAAGUCCUUGGAUGACUUUGAUUUUCUCAAAGUGCUGGGGAAGGGGACGUUUGGUAAAGUGAUCAUGUGUAAAGAAAAGGCCACUAACCAGCUGUAUGCCAUCAAGAUUCUCAAGAAAGCCGUCAUCAUUGCCAAGCUGGAGAAUCUGCUGCUGGACAAGGAGGGCCACAUCAAGAUCGCAGACUUUGGCCUGUGUAAGGAGGAGAUGUUCUUUGGGGCCAGCACCAACACAUUUUGUGGGACGCCAGAGUAUCUGGCGCCAGAGGUUCUAGAAGACAAUGACUACGGGCGUGCGGUGGACUGGUGGGGUACCGGUGUGGUCAUGUACGAGAUGAUGUGUGGCCGGCUGCCCUUCUACAACAAGGACCACGACCUGCUGUUUGAGCUCAUCCUGCUGCAGCACGUCAAGUUCCCCCGCAACCUCUCCGAGGAGGCCAAGACGCUGCUCAGUGGACUGCUGGUGAAAAAACCCAAACAGAGACUGGGUGGAGGUGAGGCAGACGUAGAGGAGAUCAAGGGUCAUCCAUUCUUUGCUUCCAUCAACUGGGAGGACCUGGUGGCCAAAAAGGUGAUUAUGUCCACAGUGUUUGACCGUUCUUGGUGUUUGUCCAUUUGUCGUGUUUGUUUGUCAGUGUGUGGCGAUUGUCUAUUGGUGUAUUUGUCAUGUUUGAGUGUUUGUCAGUGUGUGGUGAUAAAGUGUGUCUACUUGUUGUGUGGGGGUUGUAUGUUUGUCUUGUAUGGCCCACCUGUGUGGCGGCUGGUCUGUCUGCUUGUGUCAUGGCGCUGGUCUGCCUGCUUGUGUCUUGUUCACAAUGCACGCACCCAAGCCACAGCCAGUUGGCAAUGUGAAUGUUGUACGUGUCCUACUGGCCACAUGGCCCCAGGGCUGAGGUGAGCAGCCUGUUUCCCAUUUUGUCCUGUCUGUACUGUUGCCGCCUUUGCCUACGUGUAGAGUACUACAGCACUCCCUGUACUCCUCCAUAUUUUUGCUUUUUCUGUGUUUGUGCACACAUUUAGUUCACCUUUUUUUAUGUAAUUCAAGUUUUUCUAUCUGUCGUCAUUUUCUACAACUGAAAUAGAAGCUUUGUGUUGGUAGCGGCUUGUGUCAGCUCGGACAGGUCUCAGAGAGGUUCAUGCCAGACCUCCCGUGGUAUCUGGAGGAAGAUCCUAAAUUGGGUGGAUGGGAGUGUCAAAAUUCACAACACUUUCUCUUCCAGCAAUGAAAAUGUGAGGCCUCCGCCGCACCACUAGUACACAGAAUGUUUCAAACAGAUAGAAUAACUUCGGGACAAAAGCAAGUUAUAAGCAAGUUUACAUUAGAACAUUUUCUUUGGCUUAUACAUUUAUUCAUUGUAUUUCCGGCCAAAAUGUUUGCUUUUUGUCUAUACUAGCAACAGAAAAAGCUUGGACUUAUUUGUUUGUUGAAAUUUGGAGGCCAACGUUUCUUGACUACUUUCUAAACCAGUUAUUGUAGGUUGUGUUGCGUGCGCUCAGUGUUGCUUUAACUAACAGCGUGGUAGUGUAGUGUGUGGUGUGUGUUGCUUUAACUAACAGCGUGGUAGUGUAGUGUGUGGUGUGUGUUGCUUUAACUAACAGCGUGGUAGUGUAGUGUGUGGUCUGUGUUGCUUUAACUAACAGCGUGGUAGUGUAGUGUGUGGUCUGUGUUGCUUUAACUAACAGCGUGGUACUGGAUGCUGUGUGGUACAUAUCGAGCUUGACUACCGUCUGACCUGACUAGCUGGGCACUUGACUACCGUCUGACCUGACUAGCUGGGCUCUAGUGCUAUGUCUGACCAUAUAAUCUGUGUGGUGUAUACAACUGUGAUAAUGUUUCUUUGGCUUGGCCCGUUUGAGUAGAUGUGGGUUAUACGGACAGUUGUGAUGUUUCAUGGGCCUCUGAGUAAAUGGGCAAAUGUAUGUUAGUUUGUUGACUCACCUUUGUAUGUUGAGUAGCUCCGGGUCCUGUCCUGCUGUCCAGUACUCAAAAGAGUGGGUGGAUGGAGUGUGCCAGGAUGCCACUGUUAGGUCUUACGUCUUUUCUUUCUCCCUGUUGUUUCUGUCUGUUGGCCGCCUCUAGAAUAGUGAGUUGGUUAGUGAGGCUGGUACCAGAAUACUGAGUUGGUUAGUGACGCCACCAGACGCCACUAGAAUAGUGAUUUUGUUAGUGACGCCAGUAGAUUAGUGAGUUGGUUAGUGACACGACUAGAUUAGUGAGUUGGUUAGUGACACCUGUAGAAUAGUGAUUUUGUUAGUGACGCCUGUAGAUUAGUGAGUUGGUUAGUGACACCACUAGAUUAGUGAGUUGGUUAGUGACACGUGUAGAUUAGUGAGUUGGUGAGUGACACCACUAGAUUAGUGAGUUGGUUAUUGACACGUGUAGAUUAGUGAGUUGGUUAGUGACACCUGUAGAUUAGUGAGUUGGUUAGUGACACCUGUAGAUUAGUGAGUUGGUUAGUGACACCUGUAGAUUAGUGAGUUGAUUAGUGACACGUGUAGAUUAGUGAGUUGGUUAUUGACACGUGUAGAUUAGUGAUUUGGUUAGUGACCUGUAGAAUAGGGAGUAGGAUAGUGACACUACUAGACUGGUGGGUUUGUAAGUGACACAAUUAUAGCAGUGAUCUGGUUUACCUCAGUGCUCUGUCUCGUAGGUGAGGAAUUCUGCCAAUAUUUGAGAAGUUGUGGAUGUUAUUUGCUGUCUCUGUUGUGAAGGGGGGUUGUGUAUUUAUAUAUCAUGUCACCAGUAGAGGUAGGUGGUACAGGAGAUAGUGUGUCUGUAUGUGUCACCAGUAGAGGAGAUAGUGUGUCUGUGUCUGUGUGUGUCACCAGUAGA